AUGCGUGAUUUGAGCGACGAGAGUCAGGUCUUUACCCACGUUCGAAGCCGCAGCGCCGAUUACCUCAUGGAUAAACGUUCUCGCGAAGAAACUAUCCCUCCGGAGAAUCAGCUGCGGAAGUCUCUGAACGAAUCAGCCCUUAAAACUUCACACGUUCCUUAUGCUGAGAUGCGUUCUCGUAAAUCGACAGAAAAACUCACUGUUCCUGAUUGGUAUCGUGAAAAUCGUGUCACAGCACGACCCACCGACGUGGACAUUACACUUCCUCCCUCUGAUCAAUCUGAACAAGUCCCAGGUCAUAUUGAACAACAUCACUCACGGCGCCAGUCCGACCCUUACAGCUCUAUUUUCUGGUUCAAAAAGUCAGCACUUUUAAGCAGUCCUGAAUUUCCCAAGGGAAUGUUCGGGCGGUAUAAGGAUGAAAUUGAAGAUAUGCGACAUUCGCGAUCUUUGCUUCAUGAAAGCGCAGAGGAAAAUCGUCAGGUGGUAACACUGUAA